AAGUUCUAGAUGGGUUGUAAAUAAGUAGGAGUCACGAAAAAGUCGUAUAAAACAAGAAAAAUGGUUAAAAAGGUGACAGCAAAUGAAAAUUAGUUUGGAUAUAUGAAAAGGGAGAACCAAUGGUUUUAUCUUUGUUUUUUUGAUUAGUUUUUUCAUCCCAAAGAUAGAACAAGGCAGGCAGCGCAGGGAAGAGUCGAGGAGAGAAAAUGAGAACACCCACUGCUUCUAUUCUCAUUUCAAAACACCACUUUGUUUUGUUUUGAUUUGAUUUUGUGUGGCCGUACGUUUUCAUUUUCUUUUCAUAUACAAUAUAAUUAAUUCUUAAUCUAUACAUGGAUCCUUCCAAAACCAAAUCCUUGAGGCUGUAUCAUCUAUGGAAGGGUAACAAUAAAUUCGUUUGCGGAGGAAGAUUAGUGUUUGGGCCGGAUGCAGGAUCACUAUUUCUAACGUCGUUUCUGAUCGGAGGUCCCGCGGUUGCAUUUUGCCUCAAAAUUAUAAUGAUCCUCAAAAGAGAUCUAGAGUUUUACAUUCCAGUAUUAAUUGGAGCGUUGACACUUCUUAUUAUGGACUUCACAUUUCUGGUGCUAACAUCGGGAAGAGAUCCGGGAAUAAUUGCGAGAAAUAAAAAUCCCCCGGAUCCUGAAGACGUCGGGGAGGUUUGCAGUUCGUCGUUGGAGUGGGUGAAUAGUAAAAUAGGGAACAUAAAAUUACCUCGGACGAAGGAUAUAGUGAUGAAUGGGCAGACUAUAAAAGUGAAAUUUUGCGAUACAUGCUUGUUAUAUCGUCCUCCCCGAGCUUCCCACUGCUCCAUUUGCAACAAUUGUGUCCACAAGUUUGAUCAUCACUGCCCAUGGGUCGGCCAAUGUAUCGGCUUACGAAACUAUCCAUUUUUCAUAUGUUUCAUAGCUUCAUCAACAGUUCUGUGCAUAUAUGUGUUCGUGUUCUCGUGGAUAAACAUGCUUCGGCAAAAGGGUAAACUUACGAGUAUCAUUGCGUCUGAUAUUCUAUCUGACGUCCUCAUUGUGUACUGCUUCAUCGCUGUUUGGUUCGUUGGUGGACUCACUGUUUUUCAUUUAUACCUCAUUUCCACCAAUCAGACUACUUAUGAAAAUUUUCGAUACCGUUAUGAUAAAAAGGAAAAUCCUUUUAGAAAGGAUAUAAUCACAAACUUCAAAGAAGUAUUCUUCUCAAAAAUUCCUCCGUCGGCAAUAGACUUUCGAGGAUGGGUAGCAGACGAUGUGCGUAUAAUGGUGGAUGAAUCUGAAAUAGAUGAGAGCUUCAUGACAACAAAAGAGAGGUUUGAUGUAGAAAUAGGAGGAGGAGGUAAGCAUGGGAAGGAUGGAAGUAUGAGAAUUGUGGAUUAUAGUAAUGUUGAGGAUAAUCUCAAGAGAAAAGCAGGACAAGAAGUGGUUGCAUUUGAUCCUUUUUUUAUGACACCAGAUGAUCAUCUAACCAAAGAUAAAAGGAGACAGUAGCUUUAGCUAAAUACUUUUUUUAAAGGUAUAGUAGUUCUUGUUUGUACAAUAUUCUUAUAUAUUUUAUUCUAAUUAGCUAUAUUGAAGGAUUGUUGCUCCAUGUAGUCAUAUUUCAUACUUCACUAAUUUCAGAUUUAUUUAA